AGGAGACCAAAGUGAUGCUUUCAACUGCAGAUCAACUCGAGUGAUCCUACCUGGUCCAGACUCAGUCCUUCCAGCAUGUCUUUCAGCUCCAGAUCCUACAAUCAGAAGACCAUGAGUGUCUACGGUGGUGCAGGUGGUCACGGCACCCGCAUCUCCUCAUCCCAGAGCUAUGCACCACCCUCCAGAGGCUUCAACCUGUCUGAUGGCCUGGACCUCCACGUUGGAGCCAACGAGAAGGCCACCAUGCAGAACCUGAAUGACCGUCUGGCCACCUACCUGGAGAAGGUGCGCACCCUGGAGAAGGAGAACAACCGCCUGGACAAACAGAUCAGAGAGUGGUACCAGAGCAGGACUGUCGUCUCCCAUGACUACACUCACUACUUCGCCACCAUCGAUGACCUGAAGGACAAGAUCCGUAUCGCCUCUAGGCUCAAUGCCAAGACAAUCCUGGACAUUGACAAUGCAAAACUGGCUGCCGAUGACUUCAAAAUGAAGUAUGAGAACGAGCUGACCAUGAGGAUGGCUGUGGAGGCGGACAUUGCUGGACUGAAGAGGGUGCUGGAUGAGAUGAACCUGGCCAGAAUGGAUCUGGAGAGUCAGUAUGAGGGCCUGAAGGACGAGCUCAUCAUGCUCAAGAGGAAUCACGAAGAGGAGAUGGCUCUGCUGAGGAGUCAGGUAGGCGGUCAGGUCAAUGUAGCCGUGGAUGCUUCUCCCUCUAUGGACCUGAACCAGGCUAUGACAGAAAUCAGAGAACACUAUGAGAGCGUGAUCGGCAAGAACCGCAAGGAACUUGAGGCGUGGUACCAAAACAAGAUGGCAGGUGUGGAGCAGGAAGUGAUGACAAACACUGAGGUCCUGGUGACAACCCGCACAGAGAUUAAGGACCUGAAGAGCACCCUCCAGAGGCUUCAGAUUGAACUGCAGUCCCAUUUAAGCAUGAAAGCGUCUUUGGAGGGCACUCUGGCAGAGACUCAGGCACGCUACGCUGCACAGCUCACAAGCCUCCAGAACAGGGUCACAAGCCUGGAGGCUCAGCUGUCCCAGCUCCACGCCAACAUUGCCAGCAACAAGCAGGAGUACGACAUGCUGCUGGACCUCAAGACCCGGCUGGAGCUGGAAAUUGCAGAGUACAGGAGGCUGCUGGAUGGGGAGGAUGAAAGUUCAAAACAAGUUGUCACAAAGGUCAUCACAGUGGUGGAGACAGUUGUGGAUGGAAAGGUGGUCGGGAGCAGCAAGACUGUUGAUGUCGACGUGGAUCAGGUUGAGUGAUCGUUUGGAAGCAUUGGCAAAAAUCAAUAAAGAUCAUGCAGUUCAACUGAA